CAGGUAUUAUUGACACUGCUAAGAAGAGCAUAUAAACAAUUCAAUGGAAGCCUUUAGCUUUCUCUUAUUUUGCUUCUCUCUGCUUAUGGCUGUCUCUAUUGCAAGAGACACAAUCAACACACUGCAAUCUAUAAGUGAUGGUGAGAUAUUAGUUUCAGCAGAUGAAACUUUUGCAUUAGGAUUCUUCAGCCCUGGAACUUCCAAGAACCGUUAUGUCGGAAUUUGGUUUAACAAAGAUCCAACAAAGGCAAUAGUAUGGGUUGCAAACAGAGAAAAACCGCUCACUGACUCCUCAGGGGUUUUGAAGGUCAACCACACCGGAAUUCUAGUCCUUCUUGACAUUAAUAAUAGUCUUAUUUGGUCAUCCAACACGACGAGAUCGGGCGAAAUACGGUUGCAAAGCUUUUGAAUUCUGGGAAUUUUGUUGUGCAGGAUGACACCAAUAGCGAAAAGGAAGAUUUUGUGCGGCAACGUUUUGACUAUCCAGGCGACACAAUCUUGCCUGGACAGAAGUUGGGAAGAAACUUAGCUACAGGACUAAAUCGGAGGACAACAUCAUGGAAAAGCUCUGAUGAUCCUUCUCCAGGUAGCUUUAGCUAUCAAUUCGAUAUUGAUGGAUAUCCGCAAUUAGUAUUAAGAGAAGGCACAACAAAAAGAUUUCGUUUUGGAUCAUGGAAUGGUAUUCAAUUUAGUGGGGCACCUCAAUUGAAAAAUGAGUCUGUAUUCAGAUUUAGCAUGAUUUCUAAUGAGGAAGAGGUGUAUAUUGUAUAUUGGAGUGUUGAUAGUUCAGUUCAUCAGAGGCUGCAGACAGCAACGGAUGGAUUCAGCCAGCGGAGAAGUUGGAGGGGUGGAAAUACAGGUUGGACCACAGUUUCGCACAUACCGGUGGAUGACUGUGAUUAUUAUGGAAAAUGUGGAGCAUAUGCUAGUUGUGAUACAAAUAGGUUUCCCAUGUGUAAUUGCUUGGAUGGAUUUGUGCAGAAUACAACUGAUUCAUCAUGUGGUUGUGUUAGGAGAACCUCAUUGAGUUGCAAUCAUUCAGAUGGGUUUGUGAAGUUUUCGGGGCUAAAGUUACCAGACACUGAAGGGACAUGGUUUAAUACAAGUAUGAGUUUUGAGGAUUGUAGAAUUUUGUGCGUGAAAAACUGCUCUUGUACGGCUUAUGCAGCUUUGGAUGUCAGUGAAGGGCCAAAUUCAAAUGGUUGUUUACUUUGGUUUGGUAAUCUGAUGGAUAUGAAAGUGAUGACUACAUCUGAAGAUAUUUAUGUAAAGAUGGCAGGGAAAGAUGUAGAAGCAAUUGUACAAAAAAGAUUGCCGAAGUUCAAGAAAAAGAAGCAAAAGAUUACCACUGCCGUAAUCUGGGUGCUGUCUUCUGGAAUUUUGAUCUUAUGCUUGGCCGUCAUCAUUUAUAGAUGGGAGAUGCGUAAGAAAGGAAAGAUAAAAGAAGAAAGAGAAUCAGAUGCAAUAAAUAGUCAGCAUGAUGAGGAAGAUCUAGAAUUGCCCUUAUUUGGUAUAGAUACGGUUACUUCUGCAACAAACAAUUUUUCAACUGACAACUUAUUAGGGAGAGGUGGUUUUUGGACCAGUUUAUAAGGGUAUCUUGGAAGAUGGACAGGAAAUAGUUGUUAAGAGGCUUUCGAAGAAUUCAAGCCAAGGAUUCGAAGAGUUAAAAAAUGAAAUUAAGCAUGUUUCCAAACUUCAACACAGGAAUUUAGUAAAGCUACUGGGGUGCU